GUUUACCCCGCGACACACAUGAGCUCCCACCGCGACGAGGUACCCUUGUCCCUUGCCCAGGCAGCGUCCAUUACGCGGGAUGGCCACUCUGCGGCCAAUGACCUUCUGGACCACUACCACGACUUUUGCUCGGCCCCCGCGUCGUGGCGGCUGCUUCGCAACGAGCGCAACGUUCAACUGUUCCAAGGUCCUGGCCAACACGUGCGCAGUGCGUACCGAUUCGCGACGUCUAUUACCGCAUCGCUGGACGAGGUCAAGGCCCACACGACCAACCUCACACCGAAUGACAUGAAGGCUACCAUGGACAAGUACGCCGAUGGCAUCCUGGACAUGAAGGUGCUGCACCGGCUUCAGACACCAACCGUGGCCGAACCCGAGCUCCAAGUACUUGUGCGCUGGUUCGUCACCGAAUGUCCGUCGCCGUUGCACCACCGCGACUUUUGCGUGGCCGAGGUGCAAAACCGGUGGACGUUACCGUCCGGACAGCGCGCGUGGGGUGUUGUCCAGCACUCGGUCAAGGUGCCAAGCUGUCCGGACCUACUCUCGACGGUGCGCUACCAACGAGGCCAGAUGUAUCAUUUUGGGCUCUUGUACGUCGAGGACCCGAGUCGACCCGGCGUUCUCACUGCGUUUUUGCAUCUCGAGUUUGACUUCAAAGGCUGGACUCCGGCGUGGCUAUACCCGUUUCUCAUGGCGCGGCGAGCGCGCAGUGUAUCGAAAAUCCCGCAUUUUCUCGCGGCGCGGCGACUCGAAGAUCACGGCGGUACCCGCCGGUCGCGGACCGUAGGCGCCGACGAGCACAAGCACUGUCAGUACUGCACGCGCAAGUUUGGCCCGCUUCGGUGGCGCGUGCGCUGCAGCAGCUGUGACGAGGUGUUUUGUACGCACUGCGCCCCCCCAAGGGAUGUCGAUCGCACGUGCGUCGAGUGCCAGUUUCAGAGCGCGUGUGCUUCCCGCGAGAGCACCGACCGAUCGUCUGGCUCGAAUACGACGCCGGUGCGCCGAGUUCGCUCGUGGCGCGACAUCACGCAAGUGACAUCACACUCGCACGCCCGGGACCGCAUGUGCUUUGCGACACCCGCCUCGAGCGAGACCCAAGUAAAGCUGGGGAGUGGCUUGCCUCUCAUGGACUACGAGCUCCAAAUUGCGAUCGAGCCGCGUAUCAAGACCGACAACGACGGCGAAGACGACUGGAAUUUGCGCUUGCUGCGAGUUCAAGCCCAGAUUCGAUACGAACGACGUCAGAGCCGGCUUUGUUACCGCAAGGAUGCGUUUUCCUAAGGCACACCGCUUUGUAUACUAUAUACUCGAAUCUAUGUACCGGGCUAUAAAACUGUGCUAUUUGGAGCCCAACACGGCUAUGCA